AUGAAAAUUGCUGUCGUCGGCUCUGGAGCAGCUGGUCUCGCUUCCACUUGGGCUUUAAAUGAAUACAGUGACCACGAAGUUCAUCUUUAUGAGGCGGAUGACCGUAUCGGGGGUCAUGCAAAUACCGUUCUCCUUCCUGCCCGAGCCGGCUCUGAGGAAUGCCAUGUAGAUACAGCUUUUAUUGCGUUCAACCGAUGCACAUACCCAAAUUUCCUCCGAUUCCUGCGUCUUGACCCAACUAUUCGAAUUCUUUCUACUUCUAUGAGCUUCAGCGUUUCUCGAGACAAUGGCUUCUUCGAGUGGUCGGGGAAGAAUAUCUGGAGUGUAUUCUGUCAACGCAAGCGUUUGUUGGAUCCCUCAAUGUGGAUCCUAUUAUAUGACAUCAUACGGUUCAAUGUGUGUGCUCGUCGUCUUUUAGAUGAGCCCGCUGAACUAGGAUUGUCUAUUGGUGAAUACUUGCGUAAAGAGGGCUAUUCAGAUUCUUUCCGGGAUAACUAUCUACUGCCUAUGACAGCUGGUAUCUGGAGUACGCCGCCCGAUGCGUUCGCGAUGACUUUCCCUGCACAAACUCUGGUACAAUUCAUGAUGAAUCAUCAGCUGCUGAGAGUUACAGGCAAAUCUGAAUGGCUCACUAUUGCAGGCGGAAGCCAGGAAUAUAUCAAGCGUAUUAUAGAAGCUUUGCCCCGAGAACAACUACAUCUCUCCACCCCUGUUCAGUCGCUUAUCAGCAUUGGCGAUACUGCUGCCCCUCAAAUACUUUUGACAACAGUUAAUGGUAACAAAGUAUUUGACCGCGUUAUUUUUGCAUGUCAUUCGGAUGCCGUUUUAUCCAUCUUGAAGGCCGGAGGAGGUGUAACCGACGAGGAACACCAGAUACUCAGCGCGUUCCGUUGGAACGAAAACGAGUGUGUUUUACAUUAUGAUGAAGCGCUGAUGCCGAAAAAUCGCGAAGCUUGGUCAUGCUGGAACUACCUUGCAGAAUCGUCCGUAGACGAGUAUGGAAAGACUCGAUUGAAUCCUCCUCGAUUAUCUAUUAUUCCCAAAGAACAUCUUGAAGUUGGUAUGAACGCACUACAGCAUCUAUCAUACGCUAAGCAUGGUCCCAUCUUGGUUACCCUAAACCCACCCUAUGAGCCUCGGCCGGAGAUGAUUAUCGGCAGGUGGAAGUACGACCAUCCACUUCUAGAUGCCAAUGCUAAGCGAUCGCAAGUCCUUCUAAAGCGCAUUCAAGGCGUCAGAUCGAUUUAUUAUGCCGGUGCAUAUUUGAAGUACGGUUUCCAUGAAGAUGGCUUUACAACUGGUCUCGAAGCCGCUGAAGCGGUGGCGGCGUCGUGUUCGUCGUCUCUAAGGUUGCCUUUUUCUAUUGUCCGCGACGGAGGACAAUCACCCAAGGCUGUAUCACCCAUGUGGUAUCGAAUUGCCGCUCUGGCCUUUGAUACACUCGAAAUGAGUGGUAUCCGACAGGUCGUAGGUACACUCCUCGGAUCCGUCAUGGCUGCAGCACGCUGGAGUUUUUCUUUUUGGGCUGAUAUGCGAAUGUAA